AUGCCUAACGCCAUUGGGAUCGAUCUUGGUACAACAUAUUCGUGUGUUGGUGUUUUCCAGCAUGGCAAAGUGGAGAUAAUUGCCAAUGAUCAGGGUAACAGAACGACACCGAGUUAUGUGGCGUUCACAGAUGCUGAGCGUUUAAUUGGUGAUGGAGCGAAGAACCAAGUGGCUAUUAAUCCAACAAAUACAGUGUUUGAUGCGAAGCGGCUAAUCGGUCGUCGUUUCGAUGAUCCAUCAGUUCAGAGUGAUAUGAAGCAUUGGCCAUUUGAGGUGGUUCAAGUCGGUGGUAAGCUGAAGAUUCGUGUUGAGUAUAAGGGUGAGAAAAAGUUGUUCUCCGCGGAGGAGAUUUCGUCGAUGGUGUUGACGAAAAUGAAGGAGGUUGCUGAAAGUUAUUUGGGCAGGACAGUAAGUGACGCGGUUAUAACAGUUCCUGCUUACUUCAAUGACAGUCAACGUCAAGCAACGAAAGAUGCAGGUGCUAUAGCUGGUCUUAAUGUGUUGAGAAUCAUUAAUGAGCCGACAGCUGCGGCAAUUGCCUAUGGUUUAGACAAGAAGGUUGGUGGUGAGCGUAAUGUGUUGAUAUUUGAUUUGGGUGGUGGUACAUUUGAUGUGUCCAUCUUGACAAUUGAGGAUGGUAUAUUCGAGGUGAAGUCUACUGCUGGUGAUACACACUUGGGAGGUGAAGAUUUUGACAAUCGUCUGGUGGAUCACUUUGUGAAAGAGUUCCAGAAGAAAUUUAGUAAAGACAUUCGUGACAAUAAGCGUGCAUUGCGUCGCCUGAGAACAGCAUGUGAACGUGCGAAACGUACAUUGAGUUCGAGCACCCAAACGAAUCUGGAGAUUGACUCGUUGUGUGAUGGUAUUGAUUUUUACACGUCGAUUACUCGUGCACGAUUUGAGGAGUUGAAUGCCGAUCUAUUCCGUGGUACAUUGGGUCCUGUUGAGAAGGCUUUGCGAGAUGCUAAGAUGGAUAAGGCCCAGAUUCACGAAAUAGUGUUGGUUGGUGGUUCCACUCGUAUCCCUAAGGUGCAGAAGCUGUUGCAGGACUUCUUCAACGGGAAGGAGUUGAAUAAAUCUAUUAAUCCGGAUGAAGCUGUGGCUUAUGGUGCAGCUGUGCAGGCAGCUAUUCUAAGUGGUGACAAGUGUGAGGCUGUGCAGGACUUGCUGUUGCUUGACGUGGCUCCAUUGUCACUGGGUCUUGAAACGGCUGGUGGUGUAAUGACGGCUCUGAUUAAGCGUAAUACGACAAUUCCGACGAAGCAGACUCAAACGUUCACGACGUACUCGGACAACCAGCCUGGUGUGCUUAUCCAGGUGUUUGAGGGUGAGCGUGCUCUGACGAAGGACAACAAUCUGCUUGGCAAGUUCGAACUCUCAGGUAUCCCACCUGCUCCUCGUGGUACUCCCCAGAUUGAGGUGACGUUUGAUAUAGACGCGAACGGUAUUCUGAACGUAUCUGCUGUUGACAAGGGUACAGGGAAGCAGAACAAGAUAACGAUUACAAAUGACAAGGGUCGUUUGACGAAGGAGGAGAUUGAACGAAUGGUAGCCGAUGCGGACAAGUACAAGGCUGAGGAUGAGAAGCAGAGAGAUCGUGUUUCUGCGAAGAACUCGCUUGAGAGUUAUGUGUACACAAUGAAACAGCAAGUGGAGGGUGAGCUUAAAGAAAAGAUAUCUGAAAGUGAUCGUCAAGUGAUAUUAAGUAAGUGUGAGGCUGUGCAGGACUUGCUGUUGCUUGACGUGGCUCCAUUGUCACUGGGUCUUGAAACGGCUGGUGGUGUAAUGACGGCUCUGAUUAAGCGUAAUACGACAAUUCCGACGAAGCAGACUCAAACGUUCACGACGUACUCGGACAACCAGCCUGGUGUGCUUAUCCAGGUGUUUGAGGGUGAGCGUGCUCUGACGAAGGACAACAAUCUGCUUGGCAAGUUCGAACUCUCAGGUAUCCCACCUGCUCCUCGUGGUACUCCCCAGAUUGAGGUGACGUUUGAUAUAGACGCGAACGGUAUUCUGAACGUAUCUGCUGUUGACAAGGGUACAGGGAAGCAGAACAAGAUAACGAUUACAAAUGACAAGGGUCGUUUGACGAAGGAGGAGAUUGAACGAAUGGUAGCCGAUGCGGACAAGUACAAGGCUGAGGAUGAGAAGCAGAGAGAUCGUGUUUCUGCGAAGAACUCGCUUGAGAGUUAUGUGUACACAAUGAAACAGCAAGUGGAGGGUGAGCUUAAAGAAAAGAUAUCUGAAAGUGAUCGUCAAGUGAUAUUAAGUAAGUGUGAGGAUACAAUUGGUUGGUUGGACGUUAAUCAAUUGGCGGAGAAGCAUGAGUAUGAAAGUAAGCGGGAGGAGUUGGAGAAGGUCUGUGCGCCGAUAAUUACGAAGGUGUACCAGGCUGGUGGUAUGCCAGGAGGCAUGCAUGAAACAGGUGGUGCUGGUGGUGGAAGUGGUAAGGGACCAACGAUUGAGGAGGUCGACUAACCUGUAAUUGUUGUGAUUAAUUAUUUGGUACUUGAAUGAAUUUAGAUUUUAUCUGUAAUG